AUGGCAUUCAAAUUCGCAGUUUUUGCCGCCAUCGUGGCCGUUGCCAACGCUGUGGCGAUCGGAUACCCUGCCGCUUAUCCCGCUGCUUAUCCUGCUGCGUACCCAGCGAUUGCCAAGGUUGCCGCGCCAGUUGUUGCUAAAGCCAUUGAUGAUUACGAUCCCAACCCGCAGUACAGCUAUAGCUAUCACAUUGCCGAUGCCAUAACCGGAGACAACAAAGCGCAGCAAGAAUCACGCUCUGGAGAUGUCGUCACUGGGUCGUACUCUCUGGUUGAGCCUGAUGGUACCCGCCGUGUUGUUGAAUACACUGCUGACCCAGUCAACGGCUUCAACGCUGUUGUGCAUCGUGAACCACUUGCAGUCAAGGCUGUUGCUCCAGUGGCGAAGAUUGCCGCUCCAUUCGGUUAUCCAGGCGUCGCCAAAGUUGCCGCUCCACUAGGAUACCCUGCUGCUCACCUUGGAUACCCAGCCUACGGCAAAGCCAUUAUCGGUUAA